AUGAAUGAACAAGAUAAACAAGAUCCUAAAUUUGACCCUGAAAAUUUAAUGAUUAACAUCGGGGGAAGAAGUGUUCCAUUUAAAUCAAUCAAUAAACCUCACACUGUGGUGACUCGUCACAUUCCUAGAGAAGGAGUGAUGAACGCUGGUGAUCAUCAUGAAAUUUCAAAGAAAGAUGUUCCUGAACCUGAAGAUCAAGCUACUUUGAAAGCUAAGACUGAGGAAUUGAAUAAGUAA